AUUUUUACAUUGCUUGUAGUUAGUGCAGGUGGAGUAGUGUGCGCUGUGCUCUUGUAGACCGAUUUUAACGCUCUCAAAGGCAACAUGUCUCCACUGACUCUUUACAACCCACGUGAGCCCUCCAUGUCGCCUAGUGCAACUGAUUGCUGGUGUAAUCGGUGUUGAUCUCAAGAUAGAGGAUGUAAAGGAUGUAUUUAAGGAUAUGAAGGCGCCUGAAAUGUUGAAGAAAAAUCCGCAACAUACUGUUCCUACACUGGAAGACAAUGGUCUCUGCAUUACUGAAAGAUAAGCAUUAAUUAUGAGUUGCAAAAGACGCAUCAAAUCUCUGUUCACCGAUAUCAAAUAAAUGAUGCAGAUGCAGAAAAAAACAAAAGCACUAUUUCGGAAGAGAAUCAGAUGUCAUCAAAAAAAUUUUGAAUUAUGUAUUAUAAAGAGAAAUAAAAAUGGCUCAGCUGAUUCUUUACAACCAUCCCUUGAGCCCUCCAUGCCGUCUGGUCCGACUGAUCGCCGGUAUCAUCGGUGUUGAUCUCAAAAUAGAGGAUGUAAAGGAUCUCUAUAAGGACUUGAAGACGCCUGAAAUGUUGAAGAAAAAUCCCCAACAUACAGUUCCUCUAUUGGUAGAUAAUGGCCUGUACAUUAGUGAAAGCCGUGCCAUUGCCAUGUACCUCGUCUCAAAGUAUGCGAAGGAUGAUUCUCUGUACCCAAAGGAUGUAAACAAACGUGUUCUCGUCGACCAGAGGUUAUUUUUUGAUCAAGACUUGUUCAACAGAAUUUUGAAUGUUUUCAUGCCAGUAUUUCAAGGCAAAGAAGUGGAACCCAGCAGCAUUGAAAAAGCGAACGACGGUCUGGAAACUUUGAACCGAAUGUUGGACAGCAAACAGUUUCUGGCAGGAGAUAAGGUUACUAUUGCUGAUUACGCCGUCGCUAACAGUCUGUUGGCAUUGGAGUUAAACCCAAAGAGUGGAGUUGAUGCUACUAAGCAACCUAACGUUAAGCAAUGGCUUCCACGUGUGGAAAGUUCUCACCCAGUAUACGGGAAGAUCGUCAAAGAAUAUGAUGAAGCCCUGAAGAAAAUGAUGCAGAAGUAAAUGCAUUUAAUAUGUACUCGUAUUGUAUAUGUGUGAAAAUAGUAAAAGUGUCAAGAUUUCUAAUCAAAUAAAGUCA